GAGUCUCUCUUCAGUGAUAUCUUUACCUCUCUAUUCAGAGAUUCUCUUCUUUAAAAGUUUUGCAUUAGAUUUGCAAAAUGAUGACCAUAUCUUUGAUCUGGGGGAUUGUUGUAGCAGUAUGCUGUUGUUUAUGGCUUAUUUUUGGAAUGAGGAGAAGACAAAUGGGUGAACCACCGCUGGAGAAUGGGUUGAUUCCAUACCUGGGAUGUGCUUUGAAAUUUGGUGCCAAUCCUCUCGAGUUCCUGAGAGCAAAUCAAAGGAAAUAUGGUCAUGUUUUUACCUGCAGAUUGAUGGGAAACUAUGUCCACUUCAUCACAAAUCCCUUGUCAUACCAGAAAGUGUUGUGCCAUGGAAAAUACUUGGAUUGGAAAAAGUUUCACUUUACUACUUCUGCAAAGGCAUUUGGGCACAGAAGCAUUGACCCAAGUGAUGGAAAUACCACUGAAAAUAUAAAUAAAACUUUCAUCAAAACCCUGCAGGGCGAUGCCUUGAAUUCCCUCACAGAAGCCAUGAUGGAAAACCUCCAACUUGUCAUGAGAUGUCCCCUGGUAUCUAAAUCAAAGACUCCUGCCUGGGUGACGGAAGGGAUGUAUUCCUUCUGUUACCGAGUGAUGUUUGAAGCUGGGUAUUUAACUCUCUUUGGCAAAGAUCUUACAGGGCAAGAUGCACAAAAAGGACUUAUUCUGAAUAACCUUGACCACUUCAAGGAAUUUGACAAAAUCUUUCCUGCUCUGGUAGCAGGCCUCCCCAUUCAUGUGUUCAAGACGGCACACCACGCUAGGGAAAAGCUGGCAGAGGGCUUGAGGCAUGAGAACCUUGGAAAGAGAGACCACAUCUCGGAACUGGUCAGGUUUCUGAAUGACAUGCUUUCCACCUUAGAUGACAUGGAUAAGGCUAAGACGCACCUCGCUAUCCUCUGGGCAUCACAAGCAAACACUAUUCCAGCGACCUUCUGGAGCUUAUUUCAAAUGAUUAGGAGCCCUGAAGCAAUGAAAGCAGCUACUGAAGAAGUGAAUAAAACACUAGAGAAUGCUGGCCAAAAAAUCAGCCUUGAUGGCAGUCCUAUUUGUCUGAAUCAAAUGCAACUGAAUGACAUGCCAGUGCUAGAUAGCCUCAUCAAGGAGUCUCUGAGGCUUUCCAGUGCCUCCCUGAACAUCCGGACUGCUACAGAGGAUUUUACUUUGCACCUCCAGGACAGUUCCUAUAACAUCCGCAAAGAUGACAUCAUAGCUUUUUAUCCGCAGUUAGUGCAUUUAGAUCCAGAAAUCUACCCAGACCCUUUGACUUUUAAAUAUGAUCGGUAUCUUGAUGAAAAUGGGAAGACAAAGACCACCUUCUAUAGUAACGGAAUCAAGUUAAAGUAUUACUACAUGCCUUUUGGGUCAGGAGCGACAAUGUGUCCUGGAAGAUUAUUUGCUGUCCAGGAAAUCAAGCAGUUUUUGAUUCUGAUGCUUUCCUAUUUUGAACUAGAGCUUGUAGAGAGCCAAGUCAAAUGUCCCCCUUUGGACCAGUCCCGUGCAGGCUUAGGCAUUUUACCACCAUUAAAUGAUAUCGAGUUUAAAUAUAAAUUCAAACAUUUGUGAACAUAUAAUUGGAAGCAGAGGACAUGAGAUGAUGUUACCAGUCUGCAGAACACCAUCAUGUAUCUGUCCCUUUGGACAGUGGCCUUUGGUGGUGGUGGCACUGAGUUACCAGGGGUCCAGCUCUACACAUGGAUGCUUGCUUCUGAAUCUUAACAUUUUGGUGACUGUUUCCAGAUGCUAUCUCAGACUGUGCUAGUGAAAAAAACCUAGAUUCUAGAAGCACAAUAAUUUCUUUUCAUUUGAAUAAGUCCAUGAAUGUUCAUCUAACCAGGCAGCGAAGUUCAUUAUUUUCAGAGGAAAAAUUCUUUGUUUUUUUUUUCCCCACAGUGAAGAUAUUCUGAUUGGCAAAAGUUUUUAUUUUUUUUCCUAAGGAAACAGCUUUAUUUUUAUAAAAACCACCCAUUAAUUAUGAAAAAGGUAAAAAUUCACGUUUUAGUGAAACCAUAUGAGUUUUUUUUGAAUAGAUAUAUCUUUUUUUUUCUUUUUUAGAACAUAGCCCUCUUAUUGUCCAGCACCUGUGACAGUUUCAUGUCUCUCUAAAGAAGGCAGGAAGCUUAGAGCACUAUUAGCCCUUUCAAAGGAAAAGGAGUGGGUAGGCACACCCAGAAGUCAGUGACUCUCUUAACACUUGGGAAUGUGCUACUAGUACAACCAAGCCCACGCCCAACAUACUCCCUACCAGUCAAAUGUAGAUAUAUAUUAUAAAGGAUGUUUUAAAUGAUUUUUAUCAUGCUUUUUAAUAAAAAGAAAAUGUUUUUCAGCUUUCCCUAUAUGUGGUAUUUAGGGCUUUUCAAAUGGUGACAUUUAUGUUCUGAAAAUAUUAAAGAUGGUUUUAAUAUAUUCUCUUUAUCCUUUAAUGUAUUUUUGCUGGAAACUCUAAUGUCUACAUCAGGUUGCAACUAUCUUACCUAUAUUUUCAUAAGAUUCUAUAUUAAUGAGAAGAUUUUUUUCAGACAAUGCGGUUUUUUUCUGGUACUACGAAACAUGCAUCAAUAAAGAGAACAUAGCUCUUGUGUGAUAUCUUUUAAAAUGAAAAUGACCAUUUGAAAGCCUUGGAUAUGAAACAUACAAAGAGUUUGUUAAAUGGAGCUAGAAUUGCCUUAUUUAAAUACUUUUUAUCUUUAAAUGACUUGUAGAUGAAGGAAAUAUAAUUGAAGGCUAUAUAGUAGUGUUUAACCACUAUGCAUAACAGUGCUUUGGUAAAAUAUUUUAAACAUUGGAGUUAUCAGCUAUACUAUUUUUAUUGAUAUUUCUGUAUGUAUAUAUAUAUAUAUUUUUUUUUUUUUUGAGAGAGAGAGAGAGAGAGAGAGAGGGACAGAGCAAGCACACAUUGCGGGUGGGGAGGAAGAGUAGAGGGAAAAGGAAAGAAAGAAUCUCAAGCAGUCUCCACACCCAGUGUGGAGCCUCACACGGGGCUUGAUCUCAUGACCCCGAGAUCACAACCUGAGCUGAAAUCAAGAGUCCAACUGUUGACUGAGCCACCAGGAACCUCUUAUGUAUGUAUUUAUAUGUAAAUUAUCUUUUCCUUUUUCCUUGUAUACAAAUACUAAGAAAAUAUUGUAACAUUUGAUAAUUUUGAAAUGAUUCACAUUUCAGAAAUAAAAAUAUAAAUGUGUAUAUUUUAAA